UGAUACGUUAAAUAAAUAACCGUGUAGUUUUGGGCGAAAUAUGUGAACAUUACAAUGUCCAAUCCGAUGCAAUUAAGUCCUACCAUACCUCGAAACCUUGCGAUGGAUUUCAAAGUGGUACAAAUUGUUCGUGAAUAACUCUUUAGCUCAGUUCGGGACAAACACGGCUUACAAUUGCAUUGAUAAUGAUGUUAUUUGCUCAUUAUUAAGUCCUUAAGUAACUUAACAAUGGAAAAAGACUUUUGUUAUGAAAAAUAUAAAAUAAUUUCCUUUUAAAUUGUGUAAAUAACCCGUCGACUUGUAAAUAAAUAUUAAUACUGUUGUGUCGGUGAGAUUUGUUUUUUGUGUAUUAUAAUAGUUGGUGUUUUAAGAUUAAGAGUGAAUAUGGAUCGAGCGGUGAAGGAAAAACGGAAAUCGAAUCCCAGAGAAAGUGCCAAUGUGCUGUCGCUUCUUACUUUCACAUACACUUUUUCCCUCUUUAAAAAGGCCUUCAAAAAUGAUUUGGAAGACGAUGAUUUAUACGAAGUCGUCAAAACUUGCGAAUCGAAAAAAUGGGGCGACAAAAUCGAAAAUCAGUGGAAUUUACUGAAAAAGAAGAACAAAAAACCGUCCAUUGUUAAACUGCUAUGGGUCUGUUUCGGAAAGUUUUAUUUAUGUUUAUCCAUGAUCCAUUUUGUAUGGAAGAUGGUAAACAGUAUAUCCGAACCCAUAGCAUUAGGAAAAGUGGUAUCGUACUUUAAAAACAGCCAAGAUAACCACAUAUCUUUCGAAGAGGCAAUAUGCUACGCUGGCAUACUAAUAGGACUAAAAGUAGCUCAAUGUUUCUACUUCCAAAACUACCUCAUAUACCUUAACACCCUUUCCCUACAAAUCCGAACAGCCUUUUGCUCGUUGAUCUACAGAAAAGCACUAAGACUGACUCCAUCAGCAAUGUUGGAUAUUAGUUUGGGAAACAUAGUGACUUUGGUCACUAAAGAUGUUCAAUUGUUUGAACAUUGCAUAUCGUUGUUUGCUGAUUUGUGGAUAGCGUGCGUUCAGACUGUUACGGUUUGUUAUUUGAUAUAUUCCAGGACUGGUUAUACAUCUUUUGCUGGCAUCAGUGUGAUGUUUUUAGUCCUACCCUUACAAAUUUAUAUUGGAAAAAUCGUGGGAACCAUGAGACAAAAAGUCAAUCACAAAACAGACGACAGAUUACAAAGUACCCAAGAAAUGUUAUCUUCGAUAAAAACCCUUAAAAUGUACGUCUGGGAAUUAUUUUUCGACAGAAAAAUAUCUGAGGCUAGAACGAAAGAAACUAAUCAUUUACUUAAAACGUUUUACUUUAAAAUUAUUAUUUUUAUGCUUGGGAUGUUAAGUUCCAAAAUUGGAAUGUACGUCCUCAUAAUAUCCUUUGUUUGGAUGGAACAAAGUACAGAUGCUGAGCUCAUUUUUUACAUUUUCAGCCAUUUUCAUACUCUACAACAUGCUAUGGGAAUGCACAUACCAAUGGGCCUAGGACAAAUAGCUGAACUUAGAGCUAUUCUAAACAGAUUAGCAGCAGUUUUAAACGCAGAAGAACUAAGAACAACCUCUGAACAAGAUCCCUAUUAUUCAAUAAAAAAUCCCAAAGUUGAACUAAAAAAUGUUACUGUGAAUAUCAAAAAGAAAAUUGCUAUAACCAAUAUUACUUUAACUUUGGAGCCAGGGUUGACAAUAAUUACUGGACAUCUUGGGUGCGGCAAAAGUUCUUUGUUAAAAACAAUUCUACAGGACUAUCCAAUGAAUUCAGGCGACCUUAAGGUUCAAGGGAGGAUAUCGUAUGCUUCUCAAGAUCCUUGGUUAUUCCCAGCGUCAAUAAAACAGAAUAUAUUAUUUGGUCAAGAUUACGACGAAGUCAAAUACAAACAAGUUGUUCAUGUUUGUGCACUAGAAUUCGACUUCGAUAUUUUCGAAAAUAGGGACGAAACCAUUGUAGCAGAUAAAGGAUUGAAUCUAAGCAAAGGGCAACAAGCCAGAAUAAAUUUGGCGAGAGCUGUAUAUAAAGAUAGUGAAAUUUACCUUCUUGAUGACUGCCUAACGGCAUUAGACCCCAAUGUGCAAGAUUUUGUCUUCAAGAAAUGCAUGCAAGGGUAUUUAGAGAAAAAGGAUUGCAUCUGUGUAUUGGUUACGCAUAAUGUUAAACAUAUAGAACAAUCCAGUAAAAUGGUAAUUUUGGACAAAGGCUCCAUAAAAUUCAGCGGUAAAACCACUGAACUAUCCGAGACAGACGUACUUAAAUACACUGAACAAGUCCAAACCAAAAAGGAAGAAAUGGCUGAAGAUGUUGCGGAUGAAGAAAGUAAAUUGUUGGAAACAGAAGUUGAAGUUAAGAAAAAUAUUUAUCAUGAAAUUAAAAGAAAGGGAGGAGUUGAUAUGGCUGUUUAUUGGAAAUAUUUUAAAUUUGGCGGGGGAUUUUUGCUCUUUUCCGGAAUUUUGGUUAUGUUUGUUGUCGCCCAGUUUUCAGAUAGUUAUGCAGCUAAAUUACUGAGCAAAUGGGUCGAUCUUCAACAGAACCUAACAAACCUUCAAAAAAUAAACGACACCAGCUCACUUCUAUACGACAAAACCAAAACUAAAAAUGAUGACACCUUAAACUGGUAUUCAGGAAUGACCAUAGGCUCAACCAUAUUGGAACUGUUCAGAUAUUAUCUUUUCUACAGUUUUGCUUUGAGAGCAUCGUUCAGAAUUCACGAAAGAAUGAUUCGAAACAUUAUCAACGCCGCCAUGUCUUUCUUUGACAGCUGCUUUAUCGGAAAUAUAUUAAAUAGAUUUUCACAGGAUAUGAAUCAAGUCGACGAAGCGUUACCUACUACCAUUUCAAUAUCUAUGACAAUUGCAUUUAGGAACAUAGGUGUGAUAUUCCUGAUUGCAUCAGUAAAUUGGCGAUUUCUUUUUCCAUCAACAGCUUUUCUACUGAUUUUAAUCGCCUUAAGGCUUGUUUACAUACCAACUGGGAGAAGCCUGAAAAGAUUGGAAGCAGCAAGUAGGAGCCCCCUGGUAGGUCACCUUAAUGCUUCCUUAGAAGGUAUAACCACUAUUAGAGCGUAUAAAGCACAAAAUGUGCUUAAAGAUGAGUUCGAUAGCCAUCAGGAUAUAUUCACUUCUGCCAAAUAUACUUCAAUAUGCAUGAAGAGAGCUUUUGGAUUUUAUAUGGACCUCUUUUCAGCUACAUUCAUCACUUUGAUUAUAUUGAGAUUCAUGAUUGUUGAUACAGGUACCUCUGCUGGCAAUGUAGGUCUAGCCAUAACCCAAGGUCUAGCAUUAACCAUGUUGGUACAAUUUGGUCUUAUGCAAUGGGCUGAGUUAGAAAACCUCAUGACCUCCAUGGAAAGACUUUUAGAGUACACUAAACUACCCCAAGAGUCCAAGGAUGGCUUAACAAUUGAAAAUUGGCCCCAGAAGGGUACAGUGGAGUUUAUUAAAGUCUGUCUUACCUACGCUAAUAGUCACAAACAAGUUUUAAAUAAUAUCAACUUUGCUUUAAAUGAUAAGGAAAAAAUUGGUAUAGUAGGACGUACUGGAGCUGGAAAAUCAUCAAUAAUAUCAACAUUAUUCAGACUAUACAACUUUGAAGGCAAAAUCCUUAUAGAUGGUGUAGAUACAAAGACUUUAUCGCUAGAUUUCCUAAGACAACAUAUAUCCAUAAUACCCCAAGAUCCAGUGUUAUUUUCUGGCACAAUCAGAACCAACUUAGAUCCAAAUUCAAAAUACACAGACGAAGAAAUCUGGAACGCUUUGGAUAACGUUUAUAUGAAGGCUUUUAUAAGCAGUCUGGAUCUAAUUGUUAGUGAAAAUGAUUCUACAUUCAGUACAGGACAAAGACAAUUAAUAAGCAUAGGAAGAGCUAUAAUACGUAAAAACAAAAUCGUCGUACUAGACGAAGCUACGGCCAAUAUGGACCCAGAAACAGAAACCCUAAUACAAAAAACAAUUACAGAAAAUUUUUCAGAUUGCACUGUAUUCAUCAUAGCUCACAGGUUACAGUCCGUUUUAGAUUGUAACAAAGUUAUGGUCAUGGACAAAGGAGAAAUAAUCGAAUUUGACGAUCCUAUGGUACUUUUGGAUAACAAAACUGGUACUUUCUUUAAGAUGAUAAAACAAGCCGGCCUUUUGGGCACACUGGAAUAAAUUUAAACAAAAAACGUAUUUUACAGUAUUUGAAAUACAUUUUGUAAGAAAUAUGACUGUGAUAUAAUAGUCAAUUAUAAAAAUACUUCUUAGAAAAUAAAAU